AUGGUGGUAGACGUUAUUGGGCGAUUUGUCGGUAUACACAAAAAGCAGACGAAGACUUUUGACAACAUAACAACACAUUUUGCGGAAAUAACUUUGGAGGACACCGAUCGUGAAAGCGAACCUCGUGUUACUUUACAAUUUUGUCGUGCCAAAGCUGUUGGAGAUAAAUUUAAUAUUGCUAAUUUUAUUAGUCAAGUUAUGGAGGAUGCACUAAAUUGCAAGGUCAAUCGCCGAAGGCAGUGCUCCAUAGUUAUUAGCGAAACUGAAAAUAUUGAAUUUUCAGUCAAUACUAUCAACUACCUUUACUACCUUUAA